UUUGAGUUGUGCUUCGCGACGGUUGGUGAUCUUAAAAGUGCUCCCGAAUACGAACAGUGGCCGCAGUCUCUCGGUUUUGGUGAUUUUUUUUGGCUCCGCAUCUGUAUCUGUAUCUCGAUCGGCUCCAAACCGCUGCAUCCGCGACUCUCUCCCCACCUUGGAGCGAGUGUGUGUGUGUGUCCGUGUCGGUGUGAGUGCGAGUGCUAAGCUUUUUGCUCACACGUCUAACGGCUGAAAGUGUGUGCGUGUUGUUGGUGCCUUAACUUGAACUAUGGCUCGCUUGUUCGUGUGCGCCUAAUAAAUAUAUUUAAAAAUAAGUAUUUCGACAUUCCGUCGUGGAAAUUAUGUGACACACCAGUUCAGAUCCCAAACAACCACGUACCAGUCAUUCGCGCAAUAAUAUUAAAAAGCCAUCCGAGUGCCAAAACAACGAAGCAACGAAGCGAGCAAUAAUUGUGAUUAAUAACAACGAAACAACCGAAUACCGACCGCAAAUUAGCCCCAUAAGGCCAUUCAAAUAGCAAUAGUCCAGCCAGGUGCAUUAUUCACGGCUCCCGAACAGUGAUUACCUCAUCUGUGUCAGCGCUCCGCCAGCAAAAUGGUAUCAAAAAGCAAUAAAAAGAAACAAGUGUCUCAGCAGCAGGCGUCGACGUCGACGUCGCAGUCGCAAUCGCAGUCGCUGCCACCAGCAACAUCGACCACAACAUCAACGUCGUCGGCCGAGGCCACGAAGUUAACCAAAAAGCUGGGACCCGAUGCGUUCGCCACUCUGACCACCAGCAACAGCUCCAGUUCCAUGCAGCACGAGUCGGUGACCUACGGAGAGCCUGUGGCGAGCACCUCCGCCGAAUCCGCAUCCCUGCCGGCUGCCGGAGUGAGGAGCUACAGCAGCCGGAGCCAGAGCCAGAAGGCCUCCCAGUCGCACUCCUCCUCCUCCUACACAGAGAAAUCUCAGCAAUCCCAGCAAUCCCAGCUGCACAGCAGCAAGAUCUCCCGGGACUAUGCCAACCAGAAGAUCAUCUCAUCGAUCGAUCUGCUAGAGAGUGAGAAGAAGGAGCCAGUAUUCUCGGUACCCAUCGAGGUGGUGGAGAUCACAACGCCCACGCUAUCCGUCUCCGCCAGCGGGGGCAGUGUCUCGAAAAUGUUCACCUCCUCGUCGAUGUCUUCCAGCCAACAGCAACAUCAUCAGCAGCAGCAGCAGCAAGCUAGUAGCUCCAGCUCUUACUUCCAAGCCACAACCAGUUCCAGCCGAAGCGCCAACGAAACGCUGAUUGCGAGCGAGAGAGCCGACUCUGCUACCGGUAUGACAUCAUCGUCGGGUCUGAGGAAACAGGUUGGCUUCGAUACCGACACCAAGGCAGUGACAAACACCAGCAGCAGUAACAUCAGCAGCAGCAACAUCAGCAGCACAAAUACAAACACAGUCACAAGCACAAACGUAAACAUCAGCGGCGGCGGCAAGAGCAACUCGAGCGAAUCUCAGAGCGUGCCAAAGCUGAAGGCGGGCGGAACAGCUGAUGUUCCCGCAUCGGUGACGUCGCAAGGCUACGCCGAACCGGUUGCCGCGACGUCUGGCGCGACUACAACAAAGGCGACGUCAUCGACGCGACGCAACGAUAAACUGGAAGUGGCCAGCACAGACACAGCUGUUGACAGAGCUACGUCAUCGACCCAGAGGACCAGCAAAGAGGUCAGCGAGAGCUCCGUGCUGAAGAGCUCGACGAGCAGCAAACAGUCGAAGACCUCGUCCAAGAAGGAGGUGUACGACGUGAAGACCAAGACCUGGACGGAGUUCAGCGAUGGCAGCUCCCAAGGACCCAGCAAGACGCGGCCCACCUUCGAGCGGUACGUCAGCAAGGAGUCCGACGGCACCUCCAAAGUAACGUACAAGAAGAAGAUAUACGACAGACGCAACAAUCGGUGGCGCGUGGUGGACGAACGGACGGUGGACAGCACCGCCGACACGGGCUAUCCCGAAAUAGUGGAUGAUGUCAUUAACACAACAAGAACCACAUACACCACCAAGGUAUACGACACGAAGCUCGGCAAGUGGACGGUUGUGGACGAGAAGUCGUUCACUGAUACGAAAGCUUUUGUGCCCAAUGACAUUGCUCGUGAAAUCGAGAAAGAUAAUACCGAUGUUGCAAACAUAACGACUACAACGGAGGUAACGAAGAUUUUCGAUGCGAGCAUCAACGACUGGCGCGUUUUGGACGAGAAGGUGCACACGGAUGUCAUUGAGAAGAUCGUAGAGGCUCCCAAGAAGACCAUUUACGUGGACGAGUUUGUGGAGAUCGAGAAGAACACGUCGAUUUCGGAAAACAAUGAGAACAUUACCCUGAACCUGAAUGAGACAUCGAAACACAAAAAUAUUACCGAAAAUAUUUAUGAUGAAAUCGAUUAUGUGCGCACUGAUAAGCAACGCCUAGACGACUCAAGAACCCGGGGAGUUGCCAAGAACAAGUCAACGACACAUAGUGAGAGGUGCAUCUGUGAGAUCUGCACAUGCGGGCGACAUCAUUGCUCAAGCAGUACAACGAAAUCCUCAGAAAAAACUAUUAUUCAAACGGAUGACAGCGUCGACGAAGCAUAUACUAGGAUACGUACAAAUACAUGGUCGAAAAAAGAUAAAGGAAACAUUCCCAAGCAAAACGAAGACAUUUUAGUGGACUACAUAGUCAUAAAGAAACCAGAAGACAACCUACGACCUGAAGGAGAGUUUAUAGUUCCUCCUAGAGAGCCAUACAAGCCGGGAGAAAAAAGGGAGAAAAUUGUGCAUACUGACAACCUACGCACGGAGGGAGAAAUGACUUUUGUGGAGAGAGAGGAAUAUCAAUAUACCGUCCGUCCUGGAUAUGUAAAGCCCACAGACAAUCUUAAGCCCGAAGGCGAGUUCUACAGUCCUGAAAAGCCGAAGUACCAACCGGGAGAUAGGCCUAUUCAAGUGCGGCACCAAGACAAUCUUAGACCAGAAGGAGAAUUCUACACCCCCGAGAAAACAAAAUACACUCCAGCCGACCGCCCAACACAAAAGAAACCCGUGGAUAACCUUAAGCCGGAGGGAGAAUUUACGUCACCAGAAAAGCCAACGUACCGACCUGCCGAGAAACCUGAAAAAAUAAUCCGCAGUGAUAAUCUGCGAACUGAAGGGGAGAUGACCUUUGUGGAAAGAGAGGAGUAUCAAUACGUUACUCGCCCUGGACAAGUCAAGCCAACUGACAAUCUAAGACCAGAGGGGGAAUUUUAUAGUCCCGAGAAACCGAAAUAUCGUCCAGGGGAACGUCCAUCUCAAGUUCGUCCUGUUGAUAAUCUAAAGCCCGAAGGUGAUUUCUAUACUCCCGAACAACCAGGAUUCAAACCAGCUGAGAGGCCAGUUCAAAAGAAGCCGGAAGACAAUCUAAGGCCAGAAGGCGACUUCGUAAAGCCCGAGAAACAAGUUUAUAAGCCUGCCGAUAAAACGGAACGAAUAAUUCGAACAGAUAAUCUUAAGACCGAAGGCGAAAUGACAUUUGUAACAAGAGAGGAGUAUCAAUAUGUGGUGCGUCCUGAUCAAGUUAAGCCAACGGAUAACCUGAAACCUGAAGGAGAAUUCUACAGUCCCGAAAAACCGAAGUAUAAGCCUGGCGAGAGGCCUUCUCAAGUCAGACCAGAGGAUAAUCUCCGACCAGAGGGUGAAUUUUACACACCCGAAAAACCAGGCUUCAGACCAGCUGAAAGACCCGUACAAAAGAGGCCAGAAGACAACCUGAAACCUGAGGGAGAAUUCGUAAAGCCCGAGAAACAAGUCUACAAGCCAGCAGAAAAAACUGAACAAAUUAUUCGGAAAGAUAAUCUUCGCACAGAAGGAGAAAUGACAUUUAUCGAAAGAGAAGAGUAUCAAUAUGUUGUUCGUCCUGACCAAGUUAGGCCUACGGACAACCUGAAACCUGAAGGAGAAUUCUACAGUCCCGAGAAACCGAAGUACAAGCCAGGAGAGAGACCGUCUCAAGUCAGGCCAGAGGAUAAUCUCAGACCAGAGGGUGAAUUUUACACACCCGACAAACCAGGAUUCAGACCUGCUGAGAGACCAGUACAGAAGAAGCCAGAAGACAACCUGAAACCAGAAGGAGAAUUCUACAGUCCGGAGAAACCGAAAUACAAGCCAGGAGAGAGACCUUCUCAAGUCAGGCCAGAGGAUAAUCUCAGACCAGAGGGUGAGUUCUACACACCCGACAAACCAGGAUUUAGACCAGCUGAAAGACCAGUGCAAAAGAAGCCAGAAGACAACCUGAAACCUGAGGGAGAAUUCUACAGUCCCGAGAAACCGAAAUACAAGCCAGGAGAGAGACCUUCUCAAGUCAGGCCAGAGGAUAAUCUCAGACCAGAGGGAGAGUUCUACACACCGGAAAAGCCAGGAUUCAGACCAGCUGAAAGACCAGUGCAGAAGAAGCCAGAAGACAACCUGAAACCAGAAGGAGAAUUCUACAGUCCGGAGAAACCGAAGUACAAGCCAGGAGAGAGACCUUCUCAAGUCAGGCCAGAGGAUAAUCUCAGACCAGAGGGUGAGUUCUACACACCCGACAAACCAGGAUUUAGACCAGCUGAAAGACCAGUGCAAAAGAAGCCAGCAGACAACCUGAAACCUGAAGGAGAAUUCUACAGUCCCGAGAAACCGAAAUACAAGCCAGGAGAGAGACCUUCUCAAGUCAGGCCAGAGGAUAAUCUCAGACCGGAGGGUGAGUUCUACACACCGGAAAAGCCAGGAUUCAGACCAGCUGAAAGACCCGUACAAAAGAGGCCAGAAGACAACCUGAAACCUGAGGGAGAAUUCGUAAAGCCCGAGAAACAAGUCUACAAGCCAGCCGAAAAAACCGAACAAAUUAUUCGCAAAGAUAAUCUUCGCACGGAAGGAGAAAUGACAUUUGUUGAAAGAGAAGAGUAUCAAUAUGUUGUGCGACCCGACCAAGUUAGGCCUACGGACAACCUGAAACCUGAAGGAGAAUUCUACAGUCCCGAGAAACCGAAGUACAAGCCAGGAGAGAGACCGUCUCAAGUCAGGCCAGAGGAUAAUCUCAGACCAGAGGGUGAAUUUUACACACCGGAAAAGCCAGGCUUCAGACCUGCUGAAAGACCAGUGCAAAAGAAACCUGAGGACAACCUGAAACCUGAAGGAGAAUUCUACAGUCCGGAGAAACCGAAAUACAAGCCAGGAGAGAGACCUUCUCAAGUCAGGCCAGAGGAUAAUCUCAGACCGGAGGGUGAGUUCUACACACCUGAAAAGCCAGGAUUCAGACCAGCUGAAAGACCCGUACAAAAGAGGCCAGAAGACAACCUGAAACCUGAGGGAGAAUUCGUAAAGCCCGAAAAACAAGUCUACAAGCCAGCCGAAAAAACUGAAAAAAUUAUUCGGAAAGAUAAUCUACGCACGGAAGGAGAAAUGACAUUUGUUGAGAGAGAAGAGUAUCAAUAUGUUGUGCGACCCGACCAAGUUAGGCCUACAGACAACUUGAAACCUGAAGGAGAAUUCUACAGUCCGGAGAAACCGAAAUACAAGCCAGGGGAGAGACCUUCUCAAGUCAGACCAGAGGAUAAUCUCAGACCAGAGGGUGAGUUCUACACACCCGACAAACCAGGAUUCAGACCUGCUGAAAGACCAGUGCAGAAGAAGCCAGAAGACAACCUGAAACCAGAAGGAGAAUUCUAUAGUCCGGAGAAACCGAAGUACAAGCCAGGAGAGAGACCUUCUCAAGUCAGGCCAGAGGAUAAUCUCAGACCGGAGGGUGAGUUCUACACACCUGAAAAACCAGGAUUCAGACCAGCUGAAAGACCCGUACAAAAGAGGCCAGAAGACAACCUGAAACCUGAGGGAGAAUUCGUAAAGCCCGAGAAACAAGUCUACAAGCCAGCCGAAAAAACCGAAAAAAUUAUUCGGAAAGAUAACCUACGCACGGAAGGAGAAAUGACAUUUGUUGAAAGAGAAGAGUAUCAAUAUGUUGUGCGACCCGACCAAGUUAGGCCUACGGACAACCUGAAACCUGAAGGAGAAUUCUACAGUCCGGAGAAACCGAAAUACAAGACAGGGGAGAGACCUUCUCAAGUCAGGCCAGAGGAUAAUCUCAGACCAGAGGGAGAGUUCUACACACCGGAAAAGCCAGGAUUCAGACCAGCUGAAAGACCAGUGCAGAAGAAGCCAGAAGACAACCUGAAACCUGAAGGAGAAUUCUACAGUCCCGAGAAACCGAAGUACAAGCCAGGAGAGAGACCUUCUCAAGUCAGGCCAGAGGAUAAUCUCAGACCAGAGGGAGAGUUCUACACACCGGAAAAACCUGGAUUCAGACCAGCUGAAAGACCAGUGCAGAAGAAGCCAGAAGACAACCUGAAACCAGAAGGAGAAUUCUACAGUCCCGAGAAACCGAAGUACAAGCCAGGGGAGAGACCUUCUCAAGUCAGGCCAGAGGAUAAUCUCAGACCAGAGGGUGAGUUCUACACACCUGAAAAGCCAGGAUUCAAACCAGCUGAAAGACCAGUGCAGAAGAGGCCAGAAGACAACCUGAAACCUGAGGGAGAAUUCGUAAAGCCCGAGAAACAAGUCUACAAGCCAGCCGAAAAAACUGAAAAAAUUAUUCGGAAAGAUAAUCUACGCACGGAAGGAGAAAUGACAUUUGUUGAGAGAGAAGAGUACCAAUAUGUUGUGCGACCCGACCAAGUUAGGCCUACGGACAACCUGAAACCUGAAGGAGAAUUCUACAGUCCCGAGAAACCGAAGUACAAGCCAGGAGAGAGACCUUCUCAAGUCAGGCCAGAGGAUAAUCUCAGACCAGAGGGUGAGUUCUAUACACCGGAAAAGCCAGGAUUCAGACCUGCUGAAAGACCAGUGCAGAAGAAGCCAGAAGACAACCUGAAACCUGAAGGAGAAUUCUACAGUCCCGAGAAACCGAAGUACAAACCAGGAGAGAGACCUUCUCAAGUCAGGCCAGAGGAUAAUCUUCGACCAGAAGGUGAGUUCUACACACCCGACAAACCAGGAUUCAGACCUGCUGAAAGACCAGUGCAGAAGAAGCCGGAAGACAACCUGAAACCUGAAGGAGAAUUCUACAGUCCCGAGAAACCGAAGUACAAGCCAGGAGAGAGACCUUCUCAAGUCAGGCCAGAGGAUAAUCUCAGACCAGAGGGAGAGUUCUACACACCGGAAAAGCCAGGAUUCAGACCUGCUGAAAGACCAGUGCAGAAGAAGCCAGAAGACAACCUGAAACCAGAGGGAGAAUUCUACAGUCCCGAGAAACCGAAGUACAAGCCAGGGGAGAGACCUUCUCAAGUCAGGCCAGAGGAUAAUCUCAGACCAGAGGGAGAGUUCUACACACCGGAAAAGCCAGGAUUCAGACCAGCUGAAAGACCCGUACAAAAGAGGCCAGAAGACAACCUGAAACCUGAGGGAGAAUUCGUAAAGCCCGAAAAACAAGUCUACAAGCCAGCCGAAAAAACUGAAAAAAUUAUUCGGAAAGAUAAUCUACGCACGGAAGGAGAAAUGACAUUUGUUGAGAGAGAAGAGUAUCAAUAUGUUGUGCGACCCGAUCAAGUUAGGCCUACGGACAACCUGAAACCUGAAGGAGAAUUCUACAGUCCCGAGAAACCGAAGUACAAGCCAGGGGAGAGACCUUCUCAAGUCAGGCCAGAGGAUAAUCUCAGACCAGAGGGUGAGUUCUACACACCGGAAAAACCAGGAUUCAGACCAGCUGAAAGACCAGUGCAGAAGAAGCCAGAAGACAACCUGAAACCAGAAGGAGAAUUCUACAGUCCGGAGAAACCGAAAUACAAGCCAGGAGAGAGACCUUCUCAAGUCAGGCCAGAGGAUAAUCUCAGACCAGAGGGAGAGUUCUACACACCGGAAAAGCCAGGAUUCAGACCAGCUGAAAGACCCGUACAAAAGAGGCCAGAAGACAACCUGAAACCUGAGGGAGAAUUCGUAAAGCCCGAAAAACAAGUCUACAAGCCAGCCGAAAAAACUGAAAAAAUGAUUCGGAAAGAUAAUCUACGCACGGAAGGAGAAAUGACAUUUGUUGAGAGAGAAGAGUAUCAAUAUGUUGUGCGACCCGAUCAAGUUAGGCCUACGGACAACCUGAAACCUGAAGGAGAAUUCUACAGUCCCGAGAAACCGAAGUACAAGCCAGGGGAGAGACCUUCUCAAGUCAGGCCAGAGGAUAAUCUCAGACCAGAGGGUGAGUUCUACACACCGGAAAAACCAGGAUUCAGACCAGCUGAAAGACCAGUGCAGAAGAAGCCAGAAGACAACCUGAAACCAGAAGGAGAAUUCUACAGUCCUGAGAAACCGAAAUACAAGCCAGGAGAGAGACCUUCUCAAGUCAGGCCAGAGGAUAAUCUCAGACCAGAGGGUGAGUUCUACACACCUGAAAAGCCAGGAUUCAGACCAGCUGAAAGACCCGUACAAAAGAGGCCAGAAGACAACCUGAAACCUGAGGGAGAAUUCGUAAAGCCCGAAAAACAAGUCUACAAGCCAGCCGAAAAAACUGAAAAAAUUAUUCGGAAGGAUAAUCUACGCACGGAAGGAGAAAUGACAUUUGUUGAGAGAGAAGAGUAUCAAUAUGUUGUGCGACCCGACCAAGUUAGGCCUACGGACAACCUGAAACCUGAAGGAGAAUUCUACAGUCCCGAGAAACCGAAGUACAAGCCAGGGGAGAGACCUUCUCAAGUCAGGCCAGAGGAUAAUCUCAGACCAGAGGGUGAGUUCUACACACCGGAAAAACCAGGAUUCAGACCAGCUGAAAGACCAGUGCAGAAGAAGCCAGAAGACAACCUGAAACCAGAAGGAGAAUUCUACAGUCCCGAGAAACCGAAAUACAAGCCAGGAGAGAGACCUUCUCAAGUCAGGCCAGAGGAUAAUCUUCGACCAGAAGGUGAGUUCUACACACCCGACAAACCAGGAUUCAGACCUGCUGAAAGACCAGUGCAGAAGAAGCCAGAAGACAACCUGAAACCAGAAGGAGAAUUCUACAGUCCUGAGAAACCGAAGUACAAGCCAGGAGAGAGACCUUCUCAAGUCAGGCCAGAGGAUAAUCUCAGACCAGAGGGAGAGUUCUACACACCGGAAAAACCAGGAUUCAGACCUGCUGAAAGACCAGUGCAGAAGAAACCGGAAGACAACCUGAAACCUGAAGGAGAAUUCUACAGUCCCGAGAAACCGAAGUACAAGCCAGGGGAGAGACCUUCUCAAGUCAGGCCAGAGGAUAAUCUCCGACCGGAGGGUGAGUUCUACACACCGGAAAAGCCAGGAUUCAGACCAGCUGAAAGACCCAUACAAAAGAGGCCAGAAGACAACCUGAAACCUGAGGGAGAAUUCGUAAAGCCCGAAAAACAAGUCUACAAGCCAGCCGAAAAAACUGAAAAAAUUAUUCGGAAAGAUAAUCUACGCACGGAAGGAGAAAUGACAUUUGUUGAGAGAGAAGAGUAUCAAUAUGUUGUGCGACCCGACCAAGUUAGGCCUACGGACAACCUGAAACCUGAAGGAGAAUUCUACAGUCCGGAGAAACCGAAAUACAAGCCAGGGGAGAGACCUUCUCAAGUCAGGCCAGAGGAUAAUCUUCGACCAGAAGGUGAGUUCUACACACCCGACAAACCAGGAUUCAGACCUGCUGAAAGACCAGUGCAGAAGAAGCCAGAAGACAACCUGAAACCUGAAGGAGAAUUCUACAGUCCCGAGAAACCGAAGUACAAGCCAGGAGAGAGACCUUCUCAAGUCAGGCCAGAGGAUAAUCUCAGACCAGAGGGAGAGUUCUACACACCGGAAAAACCUGGAUUCAGACCAGCUGAAAGACCAGUGCAGAAGAAGCCAGAAGACAACCUGAAACCAGAAGGAGAAUUCUACAGUCCCGAGAAACCGAAGUACAAGCCAGGGGAGAGACCUUCUCAAGUCAGGCCAGAGGAUAAUCUCCGACCGGAGGGUGAGUUCUACACACCGGAAAAGCCAGGAUUCAGACCAGCUGAAAGACCCGUACAAAAGAGGCCAGAAGACAACCUGAAACCUGAGGGAGAAUUCGUAAAGCCCGAAAAACAAGUCUACAAGCCAGCCGAAAAAACUGAAAAAAUUAUUCGGAAAGAUAAUCUACGCACGGAAGGAGAAAUGACAUUUGUUGAGAGAGAAGAGUAUCAAUAUGUUGUGCGACCCCACCAAGUUAGGCCUACGGACAACCUGAAACCUGAAGGAGAAUUCUACAGUCCGGAGAAACCGAAAUACAAGCCAGGGGAGAGACCUUCUCAAGUCAGGCCAGAGGAUAAUCUUCGACCAGAAGGUGAGUUCUACACACCCGACAAACCAGGAUUCAGACCUGCUGAAAGACCAGUGCAGAAGAAGCCAGAAGACAACCUGAAACCUGAAGGAGAAUUCUACAGUCCGGAGAAACCGAAAUACAAGCCAGGGGAGAGACCUUCUCAAGUCAGGCCAGAGGAUAAUCUACGACCAGAAGGUGAGUUCUACACACCCGACAAACCAGGAUUCAGACCUGCUGAAAGACCAGUGCAGAAGAAGCCAGAAGACAACUUGAAACCUGAAGGAGAAUUCUACAGUCCGGAGAAACCGAAAUACAAGCCAGGGGAGAGACCUUCUCAAGUCAGACCAGAGGAUAAUCUCAGACCAGAGGGUGAGUUCUACACACCGGAAAAGCCAGGAUUCAGACCAGCUGAAAGACCAGUGCAGAAGAAGCCAGAAGACAACCUGAAACCUGAAGGAGAAUUCUACAGUCCCGAAAAGCAAAAGUACAGGCCUGGUCAGCGUCCGUCGCAAGUUCGACCGGAGGAUAAUUUGAGGCCCGAAGGCGAUUUUUACGCUCCUGAAAAGUCAGGAUAUAAACCUGGAGAACGGCCUGUGCCCAAAAAGCCUAUUGAUAAUCUUAAACCUGAAGGGGACUUUGCAAAGCCAGAAAAACAGGUUUACAAGCCUGCCGAAAAAACUGAGAAGAUCAUCCAAAAGGACAACUUACGAACUGAAGGUGAAAUGACUUUUGUGGAGAAAAAAGAGUAUCAUUAUGUUACAAGACCUGAGCAAGUAAAGCCCACUGACAACUUAAAGCCUGAAGGCGAGUUUUACAGUCCCGAAAAAUCGAAAUAUCAACCAGCUGAACGAGUUACUAUUGUAAGACAGAAGGAUAACCUAAAAGUGGAAGGGGAGUUUUACGUCCAGGAAAAGCCUGAAUUUAGGCCUGUUGAAAGACCAAAGCAGAAGAAACCUCAUGACAACCUGAAACCUGAGGGUGAGAUGGUGAUCCCAGAAAAAACGAAAUAUAAGCCUGCCGACAAGGUCACAAAGGUAAUUCAUAAGGACAACCUUCGCACUGAGGGAGAAAUGACAUUCACUGAAAAAACAGAGUACCAUCAUGUCGUACGACCCUCUCCAGUUAAGCCAGAAGAUAAUUUAAAAACGACUGGCAAGCUUUACGUACCUGAAAAGCCAACUCCAGCAAAUGGAGAACGUCCCGAGCCGGUUAGACCUGUAGACAAUCUCAAACCCGAAGGCGUUAUGUACACCCCGAGCAAACCGAAAUAUGAGCCGGCCACCCGUCCAGAACAAAAGAAAUAUAGUGAUAACUUAAAGCCGGAAGGUAAGAUGCACAUCCCAGAAAAAGAAGGCUACCGCCCAGCGGACAGGGUAAAGACGGUCAUUAGGAAAGAUAAUUUAAAAACCGAAGGGGAAAUGACUUUCACCCAGAAGGAGGAAUACCAUCAUGUCAGACGACCAGAUCAAGUAAAGCCAAGCGAUAACCUAAAAGUGGAAGGCGAAUUCUAUACACCCAACAAGACUGCCUUUAGGCCUGCGGAACGACCCGUUCAAAAGAAACCUAAGGACAACCUUAAGCCGGAGGGAGAAUUUUAUAGGAGAACCGAUCGAACUGAAACCGAUAGCACUACGGUGACAGAAACCAUUAGAAGGGAAACGCCAAAGCGUCCGGUUGACAACCUAAAGCUUGAAGGCUCGAUGACAGUUACAAGAAGGGAUGACUAUAAGAGUACCGCAAACAAAACCAUCGUUGAUAAGACUCAACGCACUCAAAAAAUCAAUCACAACAGUUCCUCCAUUACUUUGGGAAGUGACACUGCAAUACUCAAGACGACCAACCAGAUGAACUAUGUGUCCGGCAAGGACGCCGUCAAGCAAGUCGAUUCCAAUAGUAAAAAUCCAGUUGACGGUCUAAUUGUUGUGUCCACAACGAAAGUGACCACUGUGGUAGGAGGGCGUCACAAGAAGGAGCCCGAAACCGAGUAUGUCAAGAGGCCGGCCAAGAUUAACGUUAUUGAAAAUGUUGCCAAGAAUACAACGACGACCAACAUCGAAAACAUUCAAAACAUUCACAAGGAGACCACGUCGAUGCAGAGAAACCUCAACGUAGUCCAAAACUCUGCAGUGACCACAGAAAAUAUCAGAGGAUCUGAUGUAUCUACCAGCGCUAUUGAAUCGAAUCGCAGACAAGUCACCGGUAACAUCACAGGGGACACUAGCUCGCGAUUGGUGUCAGGUGGCACAACAACAACGAACAUUGUAACUGGCGAUAACUCAUCUACUCGCGUGGUUUCUGGCAGAAACGUUACCAGCAAUGUGACAGAGGAUUCUUCAACGCGAGUUGUCUCAGGAAGAAACGUCUCCAGCAAUGUUAUUGGAGAAUCGUCAACAACCACCCGUACGGUUUCCGGAAGAAAUGUGUCUAAUAACAUUGUUGGAGACACCACAAGCCGAGUGCUCUCUGGCAGCACAGUGGGCCACAAUAUCACCGAUGAUUCUACAUCGCGAGUGGUCUCCGGAGGCAGAAGCUCCACCAACAACAUUGUGACCGGAAACACAACCACUUCGCAGAUGAGCACUUCGAAGCACUUCCAUCACCGCAAGAGCGAGUUCUCCUCGGAGGCCGACGUCUCGAACACGGUCUUCCAUCGCAAGAACGUAACCAGCGACUUGAACGCGGCCAAUGGCAGCCUGACCUCGAACGGAAAGAUGCAACGCAAGAGCAUACUGAAUCUGCACGAGCAGCCCUCUAGCACCACCAUCCAUGGUGGGGAGCGACAGAGCUACAGUAGCAUUCACCGCCAGAAUCGGGAGUCUGACGCGAACUCCACCUUCACCAGCGAGCGGCGCACCUGCAAUGUGCACAAGGAUAACAGGGAGCACAACGUGAAGAACUCAUCUUCCAUGUCCCGAAUCAUUUCUGGCGGUUCCGCCGGAACCGACAGCAGAUCGAAUGUCGAACGGUCGACGGUGACGCGCACCCAAGUGUUGGGGGGUGGUGGCAUCGAUUUUCCGUCCCAAUCUCACUCGCACUCGCACUCGCACUCCGGAAGCCUGACGACCCGUCACCGAGGAAACCAGCAUGUGUCCAGCUUGGGCGGCGGCAUCGAUUUCCCCUCCUACAGCAGUGCCCACGGCGGACACACCGAGCGUGUGGUCACCCGCCGCGGCAACCAGUCCUCAAUUAGUCUCGGCAACGACAAGUUCACCGGCUCCAGUCUGUACAAGAGCGAAUACAUUACUGCCCCGAAAACGACGUGUGCUGUGCAUAAGAUUAAGCAAGGUGCAUUCCAACAUACCAGGAGUACUCAAGAACACAAGUUCUUCAAGACCUCAAACUAACAGAGCCCCCCUACGGCUAUACAGAUAUCUUUUGCUUCACUAACCCACAUAUCCCACAUUAAUAGUAAGCUAAGCUUCCAUGACAAUAUAUGUUUUAUACAAUAUAUACAAACCAAUUCGCAAACGAAGAUUAACAAUAAAUAUAUCAAAUUUUUGAAACGAA